UAAAAUUGAAAGAGAGAAAAUUUUCAAGGUUUCGAAUAAAGAGAGAAGCAAAAUUAAAAUUGAAAGAGAGAAAAAUACAGAGUAGCAGAUUUUGGUGAUCAACAAUUCUAUUAGUACUUAAAAGAGUUUAAGGUUUCAAAUAGCGUUUAAAAUUACAUAAAACUUCACUCACUGUAUUUCCAGUUACUUGAAGAAUGGGCGUGCCGUCGUUUUACCGGUGGCUGGUCAACAAAUAUCCCAAAGUUGUAGCCGACGCCACCGGCGGUGGAGGUGAAGGCUUCGAUAAUCUAUACCUCGACAUGAAUGGACUCAUCCAUCCUUGCUUCCAUCCCGACGAUCAUCCGUUUCCUCCAUCGGCUGUCGACGAGGUGUUUCGGGACAUUCACGAUUACGUCGACCGUCUCUUCGACAUCGUCAAACCUCGUAAACUGUUGUUUAUGGCUAUUGAUGGCGUAGCUCCAAGAGCCAAAAUGAAUCAACAAAGAUCGAGAAGAUUCCGCUCCGCUAAGGAUGCUAAGAUUGCUGAGGAGCUUGAAGAUCGUCUGAGAAAGCAGUUUGAAAAUGAAGGCAGAGCUGUUUUGCCUAAGGAAGAAUCCGAGCUUUUUGAUUCGAAUGUGAUCACUCCCGGCACCCAAUUCAUGCACAUGCUCUCCGAGAAUCUGAGAGGCUACAUAAAACAGCGGUUGAACGAGAAUGCAGCAUGGAGAAACGUUAAGGUUAUCUUGUCUGAUGACAAGGCUCCGGGGGAGGGGGAGCAUAAGAUCAUGAGCUUCAUCAGAGCUCAACGUGCUUCAUCUCAAUAUGAUCCUAACACGAAGCAUUGUCUGUACGGUCUGGAUGCAGAUUUGAUCAUGCUUGCGUUGGCUACACAUGAAGUACACUUCUCUAUUCUCAGAGAGGAGGUGCUGCCUCCAAAUGGAGAACUUAGAAAUGGAACAUUUCAGGAGAAUUGUGGUCGUGCAACGACUCAUUCUGUGAAGUCGAGAGGAUGGUUUAAGGAGCAUCCAUGGCAGCCUUCGAGCUGUGAGCCUGUAGUUGAACCAGCCAAAUUGGCUUCUAGACAGGAAGAUAAUUUUUGUGUUAGUAAACGACAAGCUUAUCAGUUUUUGAAUAUUUCUGUUUUGAGAGAAUACCUUGCUAUCGAUAUGGAAAUUCCUAGAUUUGAAAAUUUUGAAUCUGAUCUUGAAAGAAUCAUCGAUGAUUUCAUCUUCAUCUGCUUCUUUGCUGGGAAUGAUUUUCUGCCUCACAUUCCCAGCCUUGCAAUCCAUGAGGAUUGUAUCGAUCUGCUGAUGGAUGUAUACAAGAAAGAAUUCCAAAAUCUUGGAGGUUACUUGGUGAACAUGGAGAAGGUCGAUGAUAAAAAAGGGGGCUAUAUAAAGUUGAGUAGAGUAGAAAGAUUCAUACUUGCCGUUGGUGCAUACGAGGAGAAAAUAUUCAGCAAGAGAGCUCAUCUCAGAGACAAAAAAUUGAGUCGAAUGCUUGCUGAGUACAGAGAGGCUAAAGAAGAUGAAAAGAACUGUCUGGAUGAAGGAACAUCAUCCGAAGUAUUAGGCAUUCACGACAUAUCAAGUAUUGAUAAAUUGAAUAUAUCUGCUCCAGUUGUAGAUGCUGAUACGGUUUUGGAAAAUACAAAGGAGUUAAAGAAAAAAUUGAAAGACUUGUUAAAGAAACAAUCCGAUUUGUUCAAAGAUGGCAGUUUUGGUACAGAUAAGGUGAAAUUUGGCACCCCUGGUUGGAGAGAGCGCUAUUACAAAGAAAAAUUCUGCGCUGAAAACCCAACAGAUAUGGAAUUGAUGAGAAAAUCUGUGGUUGCAAACUACGGCGAAGGACUUUGUUGGGUGCUACUUUACUAUUUUUCAGAAGUCCCAUCUUGGAAAUGUUGCGUUUAUAGGUUUUACCCUUUUCAUUAUGGCCCAUGUACCUCCGACUUCAAAGGGCUCUCUCAGUUGAAGGUGAAGUUUCAGAAAGGUUUUCCCUUCAAGCCGUUUGAUCAGCUAAUGGCAGUACUUCCUCCAAGGAGUUCUCAUGCACUGCCUGUGGCCUACAAGGGGCUCAUGGUUGACAAAGAAUCCAAGAUAAUCGACUUCUAUCCCACAGAAUUUGAGAUGGAUGUUGAUGGGAAGAGAUUUUUGUGGCAGGGUUUAUGCAAACUGCCGCUUAUAGACGAAGCACGUCUUCUUCCGGAGACGAGGAAAGCUGAAGAGCUACUGAAGGAUGAAGAGAGGAUCAGGAAUGAGGAAACUCCUCAUCAACUGAUUCUAAGACGUUCAAGCGAGUUGAGGCAACAGUUCUCGUCUUGCAGAGAGAGGAAGAACUCGGAGAAGAUCAAAGGAUCAAUUGCGAUUGAGAGUCAAAUUGAAGGGAUCGAAGGUAUGUUACACGUAACGCGCGAGGAUCUGAUUGAAAGUGACGACGAAAAGAAAUAUGAAGAUUCACCAGAUGAUAUAAGCAUGUUCUACGAGAUCCCUCGAUGUUUCCAGAACGUUCCUCGACUUCUCGAAGGCGUAAACAUACCCGAAAAGAUUGUGUGCAGAAAUGAUUUGGAGGAGAUCGUACUUUGGCACGAGCGCAACAGAAACGGCACUUUGCGCACCACGUCACACAACCAGAAACCGGAUUUGGCGCCAGAAGGCACGGGCCGUGGAUUCAGUUUUGGUCGAGGAAAAACAUCUGUAGCUGAAGAGAAUCCCAGUCGCAAUGCUGCUGGUAUGUUCAGACCUUAUGGCGACCACGGAAACAUGGGCCGUCAGCAACCAGCCAGAACAUAUGUCCCGAGAUCAGGAUCUUUUAGGAGGGAUGGUCAUGGAGGCAGUGAAGGUUUAUCAAAAAUAGUAUCAAAUCAUCGUGGCACAUUGAGCUACAGACCUUACGCCAAUAAUUUCUGUCCGUCUCGUGGUGGUGGUGCAAGCGAAGAUUGGAGGGUGCGUAAUCCGUCUAGAGAUGGUUGGGCGGGAAACUACAGAGAGGUCUCCGGCCAAAGACAGCAUUCCUUUCAGGCGUUUGUGCCUAAUGGAGGUCGUGGCCUAGGCAGUCAGCAUACAAGUCAGUCGUUCAUGCCUAAUGUAGGUCGUGGGCAAGGCGGCCAAAGACAGCAUACGAGUCCGCUGUUUACGCCUAAUGGAGGUCGUGGCCUAGGCAGUCAGCAUACAAGUCAGUCGUUCAUGCCUAAUGUAGGUCGUGGGCAAGGCGACCAAAGACAGCAUACGAGUCCGCUGUUUGCGCCUAAUGGAGGUCGUGGCCUAGGCAGUCAGCAUACAAGUCAGUCGUUCAUGCCUAAUGUAGGUCGUGGGCAAGGCGACCAAAGACAGCAUACGAGUCCGCUGUUUACGCCUAAUGGAGGUCGUGGCCUAGGCAGUCAGCAUACAAGUCAGUCGUUCAUGCCUAAUGUAGGUCGUGGGCAAGGCGACCAAAGACAUCAUACGAGUCCGCUGUUUGCGCCUAAUGGAGGUCGUGGCCUAGGCAGUCAGCAUACAAGUCAGUCGUUCAUGCCUAAUGUAGGUCGUGGGCAAGGCGACCAAAGACAGCAUACGAGUCCGCUGUUUACGCCUAAUGGAGGUCGUGGCCUAGGCAGUCAGCAUACAAGUCAGUCGUUCAUGCCUAAUGUAGGUCGUGGGCAAGGCGACCAAAGACAGCAUACGAGUCCGCUGUUUACGCCUAAUGGAGGUUGUGGUCAAGGGCGAGGUCAAGGGUGGUAUGCAACAAAAUCUUGAAGCUUACUAACUCUUUAACAGAGAAGAGAGAGCAGUCCUCAGUUUUUGUACAUGUGCUGUCUGGUUUGAGUAGUACCCGAGUUUUUUGGGAUCAAGAAACUAAGAAUCCAUGUAUAGGUUUUGUUGUGCAGAAUGUAUUUUUGUCUCUUUGGAGACUACAGCUGUAACUAUUGAUGAAUUUGGUAAUCCUCAAGCUGCAGUUUGAAUCA